CUCCUUGUACUCAUCAUCCCCCUCCUGUACUCUGAGUUUUUUCCUCUUUCAAUCUUAUAUCUGUCUGUGUCGAAUAAAUGGCGGCCAAAAUUGGUUCCUUUAGGCACAGUUUUGCCGAGAGAAGCAAGGAGAGGCUGCUAUCGAGAAAAGGGUACUCGGAUUUUGGCCUCAACAGCUCUGAAACCGGCGAUGAGCAUGUCAAAUGUGGAUGCUUUCGAGCAGUUUCUGAUGGAUUUAACAAUUUAUGUAAGAAUUUUCAGGAUACUUUUAUCAAAUUGUAUCAAAUGGGUCGCUCGGAUCCUCGAAAAGCUGUCUUUGCUGCCAAGAUGGGGAUGUCGCUGUCAAUUGUAUCGCUGCUCAUAUUUUUCAAGGAGCCCCUUAAAGAUGUUAGCCAGUAUUCCAUCUGGGCAAUUCUCACAGUCGUUGUCGUCUUUGAAUUCAGCGUAGGUGCAACCCUGAACAAAGGUUUUAAUCGUGCUUUGGGGACGUUUUCGGCUGGAGGGCUUGCUUUGGGUAUCGCAGAAGCAUCUGUGUGGGCAGGCGAUCUCCAGGAGGUUGUUAUUGUAAUCAGUGUUUUCAUAGCAGGUUUUUGUGCUAGUUAUGCGAAGCUUUAUCCGCCAAUGAAGUCUUAUGAAUACGGAUUUCGGGUAUUCUUGUUGACUUAUUGUAUCGUCCUGGUGUCUGGGACUUCAUCAUUCUUCCAAACAGCAAUUUAUCGAUUAUUGCUUAUUGGAGUCGGUGCUGGCAUAUGUUUGUGUGUAAAUAUACUCAUAUACCCCAUCUGGGCAGGGGAGGAUCUCCAUAAGCUGGUGGUGAAAAACUUCACGGGUGUUGCUGUUUCUUUGGAAGGUUGUGUUAAUGGAUAUCUGCAAUGUGUUGAAUAUGAGAGAGUUCCUUCAAAGAUUCUCACUUACCAAGCUUCUGAUGACCCAUUGUAUAGUGGCUAUAGAUCGGCUGUACAAUCUUCAAGCCAAGAGGAAUCUCUGUUGGACUUUGCAAUAUGGGAGCCGCCACAUGGCCCUUAUAAGUCAUUCAAUUAUCCCUGGAGACACUACGUCAAAGUUGGUGGUUCACUUAGGCAUUGUGCAUUCAUGGUCAUGGCAAUGCACGGAUGCAUACUCUCAGAAAUACAGGCACCGCCAGAAAAGAGACAGGUUUUUGGCAUGGAGCUUCAGAGAGUUGGUAACGAAGGUGCUAAAAUACUUCGUGAGCUAGGAAGCAAAGUGGAAAAGAUGGAAAAACUAAGUCCGAAAGACAUACUUUUUGAAGUGCAUGAAGCAGCAGAAGCGUUGCAGAUGAAGAUAGACGAAAAGUCAUACCUUCUUGUCAAUUCAGAAAGAUGGGCACCUGAAGUACGGCCCAAGGAAUAUGAAGAACCUCAGCAUUUUGUUGAUAGAGAGAAUGAAAAUAAGCAGGUGGUGAUUGACUCUCUUAGUGAAUUCUGGGAUCCUCAGAAUCCUAGCGGGGGUGCCGAUCCUUCCAUGCGACAAUGGAUAUCCUCGGAAAGCUUGUUAAAAAACCCAGUUUCAUGGCCACGGCUUUCGUUUAAUGCGCAUGUUGUGCAACAGGAACCAGAAGAAUCAAAAGUUUAUGAAAGCGCCAGUUCCUUAUCUUUGGCAACGUUUGCAUCACUUCUGAUUGAGUUUGUGGCUAGGCUUCAGAAUCUCGUGGAUGAAUUUAAAGAGCUCAGUGAGAAAGCCAAGUUUAAGGAUCCUGUGGACCCAUUUGAAGUCAAAGAGGAGGUGGUGGUUGGGUUUUGGACCAAACUAUUAAGGUGGUUGCGGUUGAAGAAUUAAGAGUGU